UCGCAGCAUGGCGACCAGCGACUCCAGCGCGAGCUACAGAAUGACCGAGGGCAUACCUGGGACCUUGAGCACCGCUGUGCGUGAGCAUUUGCGGAAGCUGUGUCUGCGUGAAUUCCCAUGUGGCACCGGGAGCUGGAAUAAGUCACGCUUUCUUCCUCAAACAUGGCGAGCCUGGAGGGACUUGGUCCCCAAGGAGGAGGAGACUGUGAGUGCUGGCGAGGAGACUGUGGAGGCCCUGCUGGGUCUGGUCCGCAGCAAGCAUUCUCCGUGGGCCUUGAUGAAGGGCUCCAGCGCUGAGGACCAUUUCCUGAGAGAGCUGGCCAUCCAGCAUCCGCUGAUGAUCAAAGACACUUUCUUCUACUCCUACUUUCGGUCCCUGCGGGUGGUGGACAAGGGGGUGAGUCUGGUGGACAAAGAUCUCUUGAAAUUUCUAAAACUGGAGGAGCUGGUUCUGAGCGCCAACAAAAUUGAGGAAAUCGAUGCUAACAAUCUGCCCCCAACAUUGAAGGUGCUGGAGCUCUAUGGCAACUUGAUCACCAGCAUGGAGUGUCUGUGCUCACCUGCACCCCCGAACCUGCAGCACUUGGGGCUAGGCCACAACAAACUGCAGGGCCCUUUGGAGAGUCUGUAUGUCACCUCCAGAAACUGGCCCCAGCUCGUCUCCCUGGACCUGAGCUUCAACGAGCUGACGGACUUGCAGAGCAUGAUAGCGGGUCUCAGCACCUUGAAGCACCUGAGGCUGCUAGUGCUGCAGGGAAACCCACUGGCCCUGGUUCCUUACUACCGUGGCUUUAUCGUGGACAGCCUGGCACGCCUCUGUGUGCUGGAUGACAUCACCGUGUCUCCCAGCGAGAAGCACCAGUUCCGGGGGCUCAGCAUUCAUGGUGACCUGUUGGCACGUGAGGCACAGUUUCUGGUGACCAUUGGCAAUGUCAGGGGUGUUAUUGACAGCUCUGUCUUGGACCCAGAGCCGGGACCUGAAGGCCCUUUCAUCAGCUACAGCUAUUAUGUGACCUACGACUUUGUGGAAGACGAGGAUGGCGAAAGGAAUGUGCUCGCCAGCACGAUGGCAGAGACCCAUCCCGACAGUGCCCUGGCUGAGAUGGUCGAGCCCUCCUCCAGCGUGGAGCAGUUAGAUGAGGAGGGUGGCGAGGACCAGCAAGAGGUUCUGCUGGAGGACCACCAUGGGGUCCAGCGCCAGACCCGGCCAGCUCGACAGGUCCGCCGUCAGAGGAUUCGCUCAGAGUCUCCUGAGGUCAUGUCCAAGGAGUUGUCUGAGUUUAUAGCUGAGGAGAUGAAUCAGAUGGCCGAGGACUCCGGAGAGUCUGGGAUAACAGAUAUGGAGUCGGAGACAACCAUUUCCAUCCGCUCUGCCCCACUACCACAGUCAGUUGACUCAUCGGAAGAGCUGUCAAAGCUACGGCCACGCAUAGACCCACGGCUCUGUCCGUCCCCAGGGACAGUUCUCUUCAGCACUGUCCGAAAGCCCUGGACUGACGUCAUACCUUGUAACUAUGAGAUGAAGCACACCCUCAAGGAGCUGGUGCGGGUCAAGAACUUCCUGCUGGCAGGGACCACCGUGACCAUUGUAGAAGAGAAGAUUCUAUCCUGGCCUGUGAUGCCCACUCCUGUUGAGAGUCCCUUGCCUGCCAAGAAAGGGAAAGGAGACAAGAAAGAGAAGGAGAAAGAGAAAGAGAAAGAGAAAGAGAAAGGGAAGAAACAGAAGGCAGAGGAGGCUGCCAAGGAAAAGGACAAAAAGGGGCUCAAGAAGAAAAAGGAGCCGCCCAAGGAGCUGCGCCAGGACCCGCCCGUGCUGCGCGUGCUGGGUAGCGGCCUGGUGUACCUGGAGCCCUUGCUGGCAGGGGACUCAGCGGUGACCACUGUGUGUAAUUUUGGGGUGAUCCGCACCAUGGAAUCUGACAGAUUGACUCAUGCCAGGGAUUCAAAGAAGAUAAAGAAAGUUCCCAAAAAAGGUAAGAGCCAGCAGCCGCCACUGAGGGCAGGGUGGGGAUUGAGCCCAUGGGACCAUAGGAAUGAGGGGACUGAGAAUGGCUUCCAGCCAGCACAGAAGCAAGCCCAGAAUCAUCCUGAAGCGUGGCUGCAGUUGCAGGCUGUGUGUGCUGGAAAGGCCGGGGUGGGUGAGGCCUGGCCCAGCCCUGCCCUGCCUUCCCACCCUGCAUUUCUCAGCCAGGUUUGUCUUACGUCUGAGCUUUCUAGCUUCCUUCUUUCGCCCCCUCCAACCGUCCCCGCUUUCUUCUGCCUACCUGGAUAGCCCAGGCUGGCCUGGAACUCAGGAUGUCUGUGUUAGAUUUGAGAGUUUUUGCUGUUGUUGUUGAGACAGGGUUCUUUCACCCUGAUCAGCCUGGAACUCACAAUUAGUGGGGUGCCAUUAAAGUACUUAGAGAUUCAUUCAUUCAGUGCUUUUAAUAGAAAAACUUCACCAAGCAGUGGUGGCGCACACCUUUAAUCCCAGCACU